GAAAAUAAAUGUCACUGUUGGAUAUUUGGGUAUCACCGCUAUGAAGUAAAGCGCAAUAAAAUGUCUCACAAAUGUGAAACACCGGGUUGCGGCAAGGAAGCCACCCUACAGUGUCCAACAUGCCUGAAGUUGCGUAUACCCGGUUCAUAUUUUUGUUCACAACCGUGCUUUAAAGGCUUUUGGAAGGAGCAUAAAGUGAUUCAUGCACUAGCUGAAGGCAUAACAAAACAGGAGGUAGACAACUCCGAAGCCGGUUACAAUCCGUGGCCACAUUAUCGUUACACCGGCAAAUUGCGUCCAUAUCCACAUACCCCUAAGCGCAGUGUCCCUGAGAACAUCGAGCGUCCUGAUUAUGCAGACCACCCUUCAGGGCGCGCCGCAUCCGAGGAGGCCAUGCGGGGCAACACCUCUAUCAAAGUUCUGGACGAUGAUGAAAUCGAGGCUAUGCACGUAGCUGGUCGACUUGGACGUGAGUGUUUGGAUGAAGCCGCCAAAGCUGUGGAAGUUGGCGUUACCACAGAUGAGCUGGAUCGACUUGUACAUGAAGCUGCCAUUGAGCGAGAUUGCUAUCCAUCACCGCUGAACUACUACAAUUUUCCCAAGUCAUGCUGCACUUCCGUUAAUGAGGUGAUAUGUCACGGCAUUCCAGAUUUGCGGCCAUUGCAAGAUGGUGAUAUCUGUAAUGUUGACGUCACUGUCUAUCAUCAUGGUUUUCAUGGGGACCUCAACGAAACCUUCUUCGUUGGUAAUGUGGCAGAGAAACACAAAAAAUUGGUUCGUGUUACAUAUGAAUCGCUAUGCAAAGCUAUAGAGUUGGUGAGACCUGGCGUGAAGUAUCGUGAAAUAGGUAACGUCAUACAAAAGCAUGUGGCGCCGCAUGGUUUCAGCGUUGUAAAAAGCUAUUGUGGGCAUGGUAUACAUAGACUUUUCCACACCGCACCGAAUGUGCCUCACUAUGCCAAAAACUCAGCUGUUGGAGUUAUGAAAGCUGGCCAUUGCUUUACCAUUGAGCCCAUGAUAUCCGAAGGAGUAUCCAAAAAUGCACAAUGGCCUGAUGAUUGGACUGCGGUGACCGGGGACGGCCUCUACUCAGCGCAAUUUGAGCAGACGCUGUUAGUGACUGAUAAUGGCUGUGAAAUUCUUACGCGCCGUCGUGAAAAUAAUGGUCAGCCUUGGUUUAUGGAUAAAAUGUAGGACAUAAUCAAAAUACACUACAAAUGGUCGAUGUCUGGUGCGCGAGUUGAUACAAUUUACUAAAAGACUGUCACAAUUAAGAAAACACUAUUGAUCAUGAGACGCGUUUACUGAAGGUGUAUUUUAUGUUCUCACGCGGAAAAUACACAAGAUUUUACGAAAAUUUGUUUACACAAUAUGAAAUUUGAUGUAACAAUAAACCCAAAAAUUUUAGUUAUCUAAGAUGUGACAGUACCUUAGUAAAUGAGCUAUAUUUACUACCGCCUACAUAUAUCGCACGUUUAAUAAUAUACAGAAUUAUUUCAAUUUUGUGUGAAAACGCAAUCAAAGUUUGAUUAUUAUACCAAAAGACAGAUGUGAAGACACAUAUCUUCAUCAUUUUUGCGAAGUUUUAUCAUCUGCUAAGCUGAACAUAUUUUCCUUAUCAAGCUUAUUAAUUGUAUGAUGAAAGCUCCCAAAAUGUAAAUUUUGAAUUACACCUCCAUAUUAUUAUACGUGCGAUAUUUUGCUACCGAGUGGCAAAGACACUUACGCCUUCUUGGACCGUUAAAUUUUUAACUUAAUAUGCUUGAGUAUAUUAUUUUGCCUGUGUGCAGUUUCUUUACAAAAACCAAUAUUUUAACAUUAAUAAACCGUUGCUAUUUGCUACAAAAACUU